GUAGCUGACAAAAGCAAAACGUCAUAACAUGAGCACUGGAGGUUAGAACUGUAACAAUUCUCAGUUAUUAUUCGUAAAUACUAAUAUAACAUUAAUAAAAUAAACAAUGGCACCUUCUGAAGGUAAUCUAAAGGAUUUAGAUGAGAAAACUUCAGACAUUAUUGUAAAAUUCGUCUCUGAUGUAAGAAAUGGAAAAAUUCAGGGAUCUAAGAACAUUGCCGUGGCAACAGUUGACAUACUCGAACAGAUCAUCAGUGAGUCUGAAAGCACUAAUGCACUGUCACUAUGCAAUUUAGUUCGUGCAGUAGGACGUAACAUAGUGCAGGCGCUGCCCACGGAGCUGGCGGCCGGCAACAUGGUGCGGCGCGUGCUGCGAGCGAUACGAGACGAACAGAGAGCUCAUGCGAACCAGAGUGUUGAAGGAGCUGGUGACUCUCUGCAACGCUUGGUGCUGGCUGCUCCGAGCCGACGCGCGACGCUCGGGCCCGCCGCCAGGGACUUGAAGGAGCCCAUUAGGGAUCACAUUGCUGAGCUGCGCGCCGAGCUGGACGCCAGCGCUUCGUCGCUGAGUGCGCAGGCGCGCGAGCACGUGCACGCGGACGAGCUGCUGCUCACGUACGGCGCCAGCGCGCUCGUGGAGCGCUUCCUGCGCGCCUCCACCACCAAGCGCUUCCGCCUGCUGCUCGCCGAGGGGCCGGACGUCGCCGAGAGCCACGCGAUGGCGGCGCGGCUGUCGGCGGCGGGCGUGUCGGUGACGGUGGUGGGGGGGGCGGCCGUCGGCGCGCUCAUGCCCCGGGUCAACAAGGUGGUGGUAGGCGCUGCGGGCGCGCUGGCAGGUGGUGCGGCGUUGGUAGCAGCCGGCACACUCGCCGUCACCGCCGCCGCCGCGCACCACUCCGUCACCGUGAUCGUGCUGUCGCCGCUGUACCUGCUGUCGGCGCUGCACGCGUGCGGCGGCCAGCUGUUCGAGGCGCUGGCGCCGGCGCACCGCGCGCUGCCCUACUCAGGCUUGGAGAGCGCGUACGUGCGCGUGGAAGCGCCGCUAUACGAUGUGGUACCACCUGACCACAUCACACUGUUCAUUACCAAUCUCGGAGGCAGCUCUCCUUCCUACAUCUACCGUCUGCUGUCGGAACUCUACGAUCCAAACGAUCAUCAACUUAAAGGUGUAAAGAAGCGGGCGAUACAGCCCGCAGCGGCGGCGCGGAUCGAUACGGUGUGGUAUGGCGCAGCAGGUAUGAGCCAAGGGGGCUCGAGACGGCCCUAUUCGCGCGGGGGCCCGCGCUGGCACCCGCGUUACAAGGACUACUGGGAUUACGAACAAAACUACAGUGAUGGCAGCAGCGCUGGUAGCCCGAAGGAGGCGUGCGUGGCGCAGUCGCCGCCGCCCGCACCAGCCAAGCGCCAUCCGCACCACCACCACGAGCAGAGACGGUUGAGCGUCGGCGGAGGAGCGGGAGGCUCGCGUCGCGCCGAGCGUCGCACCGCGGGCCCCUCCGAGCGCCGCCGAACAGAAAUGCGUGUGAGUCCGGGCGCGGGCGCGGGGCCCUCCGCCGAGUCGCCUCACCUGCAUCACGCGACGCCUCAUCACCAUAUGGACACAAACCCCCUAGAAGGUACCGCCCCAAUCGUGGAGUCGGUGGUCAGUGGCGCCGGCUCCUCGGACGGUGAGCUAUCCAGCAAGCCCGGCGACAGUCCCACGAGGAAGAGGAGGAGGAUCUCCAGGCAUUUGUCUUCCGGCGAGAGCAACGUGUCGGUGGCGGCGCCGCCCGUCGAGAGGCGGACGCCCCGGCACCACUACCAGCCCCCCCGUCGCGUCCGCUACUUGAGCGGCAACGGCGCGGGCGUGUGGCACGAGCGCCUGCUGGACCAGCACCCGGCGCACCCGACGCACCCGGCGCACCCUCACCCCGCGCACCCCGCGCACCCGGCGCACCCCGCGCACCUGCCGCACGCGCACGCGCACCACACGCCGCUGCUGCUGGAUAUCAAUCAGAUGUCGCUCCGCGGCGCCCGGCUCAGCGCGCUGGGCGGCGGCGUGGGCUGGCCGCACCACGCGCACGCGCACCACGCGCACCACGCGCACCACGCGCACCACCCGCCGCCGCACGCGCACCGCGACCACCCCACGCGGACGCAGAUGGGAGGCGUGUACGCGCACGGGCUGCAGUACCACGGCAGCUUCGCGCCACCGCCACCCCCCCGGGGCCCCUUCGCGUCCCCGCCCCACCCGCACACCCACUACAUUGCCAAUUCUCAGCGCGCGGAGGGCGGGCGGCUGGAGAUGCUGAGCGGCGACGGCGCGCUGUCCCCGCUGCAGGCCGCGCCCGACCUGCACCACGCGCCGCUGCUGCUCGCCACCGAGGCUCGCGGCGCGCCACUGGAGCUGAUGGCGCCGCAUCACGCUCGACAUGCGCUGUCCCACCAUCAUCACCGCCGCAGCGGCACCGGGGUCGGCGUGGGUGGCGGAGUGGGAGUGGGCGUGGGAGUGGGCGUGGUGGGCGCGGGCUCCCGUGCGGCGCGGCCGUACGUGCGCGCGGCGCCGCGCUGGGCCGCGCACCCGCACCCGCACACCGUGCACCACAUACAUGCGCAGGGCGGCGGCGGGCUGGUGUCGGCGGCGCUGCCGGCGCAGCUGCACGUGGCGUCGCCGCUGUCGCUUCCGCCGCCACCGCCGACUUACCAGGUGUUCCUCAACCUGCUGGCCAUGUUCCCGCUGUCGCCGUACGCGGAGGCGCGCGACGAGGCCGGAGACUCGCCCGAGACGGAGAACUACGAGGCGCUGCUGUCGCUGGCGGAGCGCCUCGGCGAGGCCAAGCCGAGGGGCCUCGCGAGGCACGAGAUCGACCUGCUGCCCUCCUACAAGUACUCCGAGCAAACGCACCAGGGCGAGCAGACGUCGUGCGUGGUGUGCAUGUGCGAGUUCGAGGCGCGCCAGACGCUGCGCGUGCUGCCGUGCGCGCACGAGUUCCACGCCAAGUGCGUCGACAAGUGGCUGCGGUCAAACCGGACGUGUCCGAUAUGCAGAGGGAACGCGUCGGAGUACUUCAACAACUCGGAGUGACUCGGGCGCGACCGUCGCCCCCCCGGCGUCGGCGGGAAGCGCGCCGCCUCCCCCUGAGCGCCCCCCCCCCAGCCCGGCGGGGCGCCCCCCCUGACGGUC